AUGGCUGAAUACAUGAAAGAAGUUGUGCAGCAACCUUCAGACGCCUCCACUCCCCCAACAACGUCGGCUCCUAUCGAUCCAUCCGCUUAUCCAACCCAUCGACUCAACGGUAUAAAAGCUGGAAAGCGUAGCGUCCAGCUACUUGUCAAUACAGGGAACCAGCUCUUUGACGCAGAAAACAUAGAAUGCGACGACUUUGGGUGGCAGAGUUUCGGUAAUUGGGAGGGUGAAACUCUAUUGAAGGUCGUGGACAUUCUUCAACAAAGGCAACCCAGCGCAAGCACUCCCGCGGGCAAUGACAACUCCAAAUUUGCGAAGCAUGGGUCUGGACAGAGACUCGGGCCGGGACGGACGUUGGCGGACAUAGGCAAGGAAUAA